AUGCGUUGCGAUGUUCAUCAGCCGAUAUGGUUCAAGCUUCUCCUAUCGAUCACCUAUUUUUGCGGAAUCCCGUUGUAUUUUUGCGCGUUCUAUUUUCUCAUCAAUCGAACGUCGAAAGAGUUCUCAAGUUUUCGAAAUCUCCUCAUCAUGAUGAUCAUCGGAAAUCUCGCCAAUGACACCUAUAUAUCAUUUUUGUGGUUACCGAGAUUCUAUUUGCCGUGGAUGGCGAUGUGCUCGACGGGACUCGCCAAGAAUUUCCCGUUCGGAAUGCUCUUUUUGAACAUGAUCAAUCUUGUGUACUCGGCCAAUCUCAUCAUCGAGAUGUUCGAUCAGCGAAUGAAAGCUGUUCUGAUGGGCGGCGAGUCGAAGAUGACGCGCUUCGUGACGAUCGACAAGUACAUGGUGCUUAUCGGCAGCUGCUCGGUGCUCAUCGUCCAAUGCCUCUGCCGCACCUACAUGACAAGUCGCGAGUUGAAGGAGCGCAUCAACGCGACACGCGGGCCGAUGCCGUGCGAGGCGUUCAGCGAUCAGUGCAUCUUCAUCAUUGAUUGGACCAACGUCUAUUGCGUUCUGCUCGUCGCGUUGACGAUGGUCUUCUCGACGAACGCAUUCGCGUUGAUGGUUGUCUGCGCGACGACGGCCUACAAGAAGCUGAAACGAUCGAAAGUGUUGUCGGAGAGGACGAGGCUCAUGCAAAAGAAGCUCUUGAACAUCUUGGUCAUUCAGGUGACGAUCCACACCAUUCUAUUAUUGACACCAAUGGAAUCCUUCUAUUUGGCGCAUUUCAUUGAUUUGGUGCACCCGUUUUGGAAAGACUAUGUCGUGUAUUUCAACACGACCCUAUUGGGAAUGCAUGGCUCAAUGUGCACACUGACGAUAUUGAUCACUGUGUUGCCGUGCUCCAAGAAGAAUACCGCCCAAGUUGUCUCAUUGGCGACGACGCAACUCACAACCAAAAUAGGAAAUUAA